AAUUCCGAUUAAAAUUGUUAAAAUCGAGUUGGGAGUUCCAUACACAAAAUCCAAAUCGAGUUGAAUUCGCAGGUAACAACGUACAGGUUUCUGAUUUCAUAUUCACAUUGUCGGAUCAUUAGGUGGUUUGUGUUGACCUAACCCAUUUUUGGUUUGGGGUGAAAAAUCCUGGAUUCGUCACUGUAUAAUAUGGGGGGGUCUUCAUAAUAAACAUACAACGCGUUUCUUCUACUAAUCGGAAGCAGCCAGAAAAUGCACCAUUUAUCAACACCGUCGUCACUGAUGCUCCGCCGCUUUUGCUGUUUGGCAACGCCUUCCUUUUCGUCUUCUGCUGCUGCUGUAUUUUCUACUUCUGUUGCUUCUCUCACCCCUCCUUCCGGCAGGAAGAAAAAACUCGUUUUCUUGGGGUCUCCAUCGGUCGCUGCUUCUGUUCUGGAGACUCUUCUAGACGCGUCAUCUGCUUCUAAUUCUAUAUUUGAGGUUGCAGCUAUUGUUACUCAGCCGCCAUCAGGAAGAGACAGGGGAAGAAAGGUUUUGCCAUCUCCUGUUGCACAGCAUGCUCUUCAUAGAGGUUUCCCUGCAGAUCUCAUUUUCACACCUGUUAAAGCCAGUGAGGAAGCAUUUUUGUCUGACUUUAGAGCACUUGAGCCAGAACUUUGCAUUACCGCAGCAUAUGGAAAUAUAUUACCAACCAAGUUUUUAAAGAUUCCAUCAUUAGGGACUGUAAAUAUACACCCAAGUUUGCUGCCUUUAUACCGUGGAGCAGCUCCUGUUCAGAGAGCUUUGCAGGAUGGAGUUAAAAAGACCGGAGUAUCAUUAGCAUUCACUGUCCGAGCUCUAGACGCUGGGCCCAUUAUUGCACGUGAAGAAAUCGAAAUAGAUGACAAUAUUAAGGCUCCAGAAUUGCUUGAUCUGCUAUUUGCACAAGGUUCUAAACUUCUAAUUCAAGAGCUUCCGUCUAUAUUUGACGGGUCUGCAAUGACAAAAGCUGAAGCGCAGGAUGACUCAAAAGCCACUUUAGCUCCAAAGAUAAGUCAAGAGGAGUCAUGGCUGUCUUUUGACGAAGAAGCUUCAGUUCUACAUAAUAAGGUGCGGGCUUUUGCAGGUUGGCCCGGAACCCGAGCUAGAAUUCUUGUAAUCGAUGAAAAGAGUGAUAAACGCAGCGAGCUUGAGCUCAAAGUUAUCACUUCAAGGGUUUAUCGGGGUAGUGAUGUUCAGAGUAGUGAAGAUGACGAGGUUACCUUUAGGAAAGGGUCACUGAUCAUACCAUGUGGCCGGAACACAGCUCUUGAGAUCUUGGAAGUUCAGCUGCCAGGUAAGAAAGUGGUGAAUGCAGCUGCAUUUUGGAAUGGUUUGAGAGGUCAAAAGCUGAAGAAGUUGACUAGUUGAAGUUGUAGAAGCAAAUUUUUUUUAAUCUAAAAGUAGGUUUAAAGACUUCAAUAAAAGAAGCAUUUUUUUAUUCAUUCAUAAUUUUAUUGUCUGAUUUUCUUAUACUUUUGUUGGAAAAAUUAAAAUGUGUUUUCCUAUACCAGUUCUUAUACAUUUUCCUA